CUUUUCGCUUAAACUUUAAACACAGUCGCUUAAAGGGGGAAAAUAGGAUUCUCUUUAUUCAUGAGCUUUCAACAACUGAAGUUAACCAGCUCGGGAAAGCACGCGUAGAAUCUCAGGCUUGCUCUUCCUCCCAAUGCUUAAGUUCUUGAUCAACUAUGAACCUCACACUUCAAACUGUGUGUUUGCCUGAAGAGCCAAGAAGCUUUUCCUCAACAGUGACGCAUGCCAGGGCUGAAAUGAUGGAAAUUGUAUUCACAGGCAUGAUUUUCAUUUGCCAGUAAUUAACCUCGGAGUUUUGGUUAAGUGAACCCAUAUCUCUGAGGCAAGGGCAACUAUUUCCUCCGCGUUCUUAGGAGAAGCGAGGUUUUAUAAUCUGUAUGAAUGUUGCUAACAUUUUAAAUAGCAAGGAAUGUUUUGUUCAGCUGCUCCCUAGUAUCUCCAAUAACAAGAAUAAUUAUAGUUGAGUGAUAACCGUUUAUACUGAAAUUGCAGACAUAUCUGCUUUAUCAAGUAAAAAAGAUAUCUAUUGGCAUAAAUGUAUAUCUAUUAAUGAAACAAAAUAUCUGUUGAGGCAAAUAUAUAUUUGUAAAUACAAGUAUAAAGGUAUGAAUAUAUAUUUGCAAGUAUAUAUAUAUAUAAUCUGUAAGUAUAAAUGCAUCUGUAGUUACAAAUAUGCAUCUAAAAGCACAAGCCGGAGAGUGACAAACUGAGAGAUAGAGGCAGAUUGAACAAAAUUUACAGAAACAUCCAAUAAAAAUAAUCCCUGAUCUUAAUUCUAACUUUAGCCUUUUUACCCUUUGGCUUCACCAGCGAAACCCCCGCUCAGCCCCACCCCCACCCUGAACACCAACACCUCCUCCCAAAACACCCCCUCAUUUUUGACUAUAUCUUGACCUUGAGACCAGUCUCACCUUGUUGUGCUCUAAAAUCUAAUUGCUGUGCUGUAACCAGGCCAGCUUCAUUUCUCUUCAGUUGAGUGGCGCACGUAUUUCAUGUUUUCUGUGAUGCGGCCCGCCUAAUUGUAAUGAGAGUGUGCUCAGUAUAUUAAUCCGCAUGUUAUCUUUUUUUUCCGAUCUCAAUGCCCUGUACAUUUUUUUUUGAAAAAAAUAUCAUUUCCCAGCACGACGUAUUGCCCGCGAAAGCGGCAACUGUAAACGGGAGUCAACGAUCUUCCCAGCUGGCUUAGAACUGAUCUGCGGUUUCAAAGUGAAGCAGCCAAAGCAGUGAGGCAGUUGUGUACCUACAGUAUUAGCGAGUAUGUUCCACGGGGCAUCAGUGCAUACUGGACCUGCAUUGUCAUCAUGAGCACUGUGUAGAUCGGGUAACCCAAUAACAUCAUAGUAGUGUUUAACAUUUAUUUUGUUGAUAUCCACUGUCCAUUCUACAGUCUGCACAGAUGAGUUCAUAUUUUGUUAAUCCAUUCUACUCUAAGUAUAAACCAGGAGAAGCUCUGAGUCCCACUUACUACGACUGCCGGUUUCCACAAGACGUGACGAGCAGACACGCUGUCGUCUAUGGUCCCAGCAGCGGCGCAAGCUUCCAGCACCCAGCUCAAGUUCAAGAUUUUUACCAUCAUGGGACAUCUGCACUUCCUAAUGCUGGCUUUCAACAGAAUCCUUGUGGAAUUACGUGUCAUGGUGACCCCUCUAAAUUUUACGGAUACGAUAACUUACAAAGACAGCAAAUUUUUACGACACAGCAAGAGGCCGAUCUGGUACAAUAUCCUGACUGUAAAUCGUCUAGCAGUAAUAUUGGCGAAGAACCAGAACACUUAAAUCAGAACUCGUCUCCUACUCAAAUGUUUCCCUGGAUGAGACCUCAAGCGCCCGGCAGACGCAGAGGAAGGCAAACUUACAGCCGAUUCCAAACACUGGAGCUGGAAAAGGAAUUUCUGUUCAAUCCGUAUCUGACUCGAAAGCGAAGGAUCGAGGUUUCACAUGCUCUGGGACUGACAGAGAGACAGGUGAAGAUUUGGUUUCAAAACAGGAGAAUGAAGUGGAAGAAGGAAAACAACAAGGACAAAUUUCCAAGUUCUCGGAACGACGACGAGGAGGAAGAGGUCAAAAAAGAACAGGAAGAGCCCGAGCAAGAGACAACAGAAAAAGAGAUCAAGUAACUUUACCCCCUUUGGCCUCUAAGCAAAACGUCAUUCAGUUUGUCCAAACUGCACUGUUAAACAGUGUUGAACAGAAUGAAUCUCCGGAACAUUGAUGGCUAGGUUAAUGUAAACUGUCCACCUGUUUUUUGAAGUUCUUUAGAGCCUUAAUUCAACAUUAUUUCUCAUAAAUUCGCUGUGCAUCAUUUUAACCUUUUCAAUCACACCUUGACAGAUCAGCCAUCAAAUAGAAAUUUGCGGCUUCCCUUAUUAUAAGUGGCAAGUGGCAAAAUCACAGAAGAAAUCGCCAUUUUGAAUAAAGGUUUUAUUGCUUCUUAAUAAGUCGAAAAUAUGAGAUGGUAUCGUGAUUGAUUUAGUUUGUUGAUUUUAUUUAGCAUUUUGUGAUUAUACCCAACAACAUGAACUGCCUAAUAGAAUGAAUAAUUUGGAAUGUAUUGCGAACACACUUAAUGAUAGAAAAAAUGUGCACUUACGAUGUGUCUUAAUUACUGUGCGUUUGAAAUAAUUGAUGGUGUAUUGCGGCCGGAAAUUCUCAACCAUUACCUAUCUCUGAUACGCAUAUUAUAAACACAAGCAAAAAAUGACAAGGUAUUCCGCAGCAAUAGUCACUUUUUAAGAUGCUCGAAUGUGAUUAAAUUAAUAAAUGUUGAUUACAUUUAA